CAGCAUGUUCGCCAGCGUGGCUUUCUACCUCGGGCUGGCCGUCAGCCUCGGGGGGCUGCUGGGGAACGGGCUCGUCCUGUGGCACCUGGGCUUCCGCAUCCAGAGGGGACCCUUCUCUGUCUACGUGCUGCACCUGGCCGCCGCCGACUUCCUGUUCCUCUGCUGCCACGUGGCCUUCUCCACGGUCCAGGCCGCCCUGGGCUCCCGGGACACCCUCCACUUCGCCGUCACUUUCGUCGGGUUUGCCGCGGGGCUCUGGCUGCUGGCGGCCCUCAGCCUGGAGCGCUGCCUGUCCGAGGUCUUCCCCGCCUGCUACUGGAGCUGCCGGCCCCGGUGGGCGUCGGGCGUCGUCUGCGGGCUGCUGUGGGUGCUGACCCCGCCGGCCGUGCUGCUGCCCGCCCACACCUGCAGCCUGCUGUACGCCGCCUCGCGCCUGCUGACCUGUCUGCGGUACCACGCGGCCAGCGUCGCGUGGCUGCUGUGCCUGGCCUGCGGGGCCUGCGGGGCCGGGCUGCUGCUCUUCCUGUGGGUGGGGUGCUGCUCCCAGCGGCCGCGCCCCAGAUUCUACGGUGCCGUCCUGGGCCCCGUGCUCCUGCUCUACUUCUGCGGCCUGCCCUUCAUCCUCUACUGGAGUCUGCGGCCCCUCUUCGACCAGCUGCUGCCCGUGUUCCCCCCACUGGCCACCCUCCUGGCCUGCGUCCACGCCAGCUCCAAGCCGCUCAUCUACUUCUCAGCCGGCCGGCGGCCGGGCAAGCGAGAGCCGCUGCAGGCGGUUCUGCAGAGGGCCCUGGGGGACGCGGCCCAGCUGCGGGCUGGGGGGCCGUCCCUGCCCAUGGGUGCCCACCGCCCACCCCUCGCCAGGCCCCUCCAGGACCACGUGGGGGGCUAA